AUGUGGCUAGCAGGUUCAAGACGAGUGUUCCUCUCACAUCGAAAAAAAGUUCGGAGGUUGCUAAAGCAUUCGAGAAAAUUUAUGAUGAUUCCAAUAACCCUCUUACAUACCCGAUACUUCUACAAUAUGAUAAUGGGAAAGAAUGGGCAGGACAGACAAGCCAACUAAUGAAAGAACACAGUGUAGUAAUUCGAGUUAUUGGUCCAUAUUCCCAUCAUAGUAUAGCAAUUGUGGAGAGAUUUAAUAAAACUCUAGCGAAAAUACUAUAUAAAGUCCAAUAUGCUGUUGAAAGUAUAACUUCGAACCCUAAACUAAUAAGAGUAUGGGUUAAGCAUUUGCAAAAA